GCCGGCGGUGGCGGAGGGAGCGCGGGGCAGGAGAGGCGGGGAAGAUGGACCCGGCGCCUUCGCUGGGCUGCAGCCUCAAGGAUGUGAAGUGGAGCUCGGUGGCCGUUCCGCUUGACCUACUGGUCAGCACUUACCGGCUGCCCCAGAUCGCGCGGCUGGACAGCGGAGAAUGCAUAGAAGGACUGCGGGAAAACGACUACCUUCUGAUUCAUUCGUGCCGUCAGUGGACGACCAUCACUGCCCAUAGCUUGGAGGAGGGGCACUAUGUAAUUGGGCCAAAGAUAGAGAUUCCGGUACAUUAUGCAGGGCAAUUCAAGCUGCUGGAGCAAGAUCGAGAUAUAAAGGAGCCAGUGCAAUAUUUUAACAGUGUGGAGGAGGUGGCUAAAGCAUUUCCUGAACGUGUGUACGUCAUGGAAGAAAUAACAUUCAAUGUGAAGGUUGCGUCAGGUGAAUGCAAUGAAGACACUGAAGUUUACAACAUCACCCUCUGUACUGGGGAUGAACUCACUCUGAUGGGUCAGGCAGAAAUCCUAUAUGCAAAGACUUUCAAGGAAAAGUCAAGACUCAACACAAUCUUCAAAAAGAUUGGGAAGCUCAAUUCCAUCAGCAAGCUGGGUAAAGGCAAAAUGCCAUGCCUUAUCUGCAUGAACCACCGGACCAAUGAAAGCAUCAGCCUGCCAUUCCAGUGCAAGGGCAGAUUCAGCACCCGCAGUCCCCUGGAACUUCAGAUGCAGGAAGGUGAGCACACCAUCCGCAACAUUGUGGAGAAAACCAGGCUGCCUGUGAAUGUGACCGUGCCAAGUCCCCCACCGAGAAACCCAUACGACCUCCACUUCAUCCGUGAGGGGCACCGCUACAAGUUUGUGAACAUCCAGACCAAGACGGUGGUGGUUUGCUGUGUGUUGCGGAACAACAAGAUCCUCCCCAUGCAUUUCCCUUUGCACUUGACUGUUCCCAAGUUUAGCCUCCCAGAACACCUGGUGAAGGGUGAGGUGUGGCCCGAAACCCUGGUCCAUCACUGGCUGGGAAUAUGCCAAGAACAGUUUGACAUUGAUGAGUAUUCACGGGCUGUCCGUGAUGUGAAAACUGACUGGAAUGAGGACUGCAAGAGCCCCAAGAAAGGCCGGUGCUCUGGCCACAACCACGUACCCAAUUCCCUUAGCUAUGCCCGCGAUGAGCUCACCCAGUCCUUCCACCGGCUCUCUGUCUGUGUGUAUGGCAACAAUCUCCAUGGCAACAGCGAAGUGAACCUCCAUGGCUGCAGAGACCUGGGGGGAGAGUGGACCCCCUUCCCUAACGAUAUCCUGCCCUACCAGGACUUUGGUGAUAGUGGAAGUGACUACCUUUUCCCGGAAGCUAGUGAAGAAUCAGUAGGCAUUCCCGGGAAGUCAGAACUUCCUUAUGAGGAGCUGUGGCUGGAUGAAGGCAAGACCAGCCACCAGCCUCUCACUCGAUCCCUGAGUGAGAAGAGCAGAUGUGAUAAUUUCAGAAGUUCUGUCCGGUCUAAAUGUGGAACUUCUCCUCUUCCUGUCCCUGGGGCUCUGGGAGCAACAAUGAAGUCUUCAGAUAUCACCCUACCUCCACCUCCAGUGCCUCCCAAAUCUGAAGCCGUCAGGGAAGAAUGCCGGCUCCUGAACGCCCCACCUGUUCCGCCCCGAAGUGCAAAGCCUUUGUCCACAAGCCCCUCCAUUCCUCCUCGCACAGUCAAGCCGGCGCGGCAACAGACUCGUUCUCCCAGCCCCACCUUGUCCUACUAUUCUUCAGGGCUGCACAACAUCGUUACUAAAAGUGACACAAGUCCUUCUGAAAGUGCUCCUGUGUCCUGCUAUCCAUGCAACCGAAUGAAAGCUGAUUCUGUGGACCUAAAAUCCCCAUUCGGAAGUCCUUCUGCUGAAGCUCUGUCCUCCAGGCUUUCGUGGCCUAACCAUUACACAGGAGCAUCAGAGAGCCAGACUAGGAGUGAUUUCCUAUUAGAUCCGAGCAGGAGCUAUAGUUAUCCUAGACAAAAGACACCAGGCACACCAAAGAGAAACUGCCCAGCACCUUUUGAUGUUGAUGGCUGUGAGCUCCUGACCAGCCAGCUUGAACCCAGCUCCAUCACUGCAGAAUUCAGUAGCAGCAUGUCUGGUUGUCCCAAGUCAGCGAGCUACUCUUUGGAGAGCACCAGUGAGAAAACUCUUGCAGCUGGCACGACAAAGCAGAGUAUUUCAUGCCCUGCCUUACCCCCACGGGCCCCAAAAACAGUGGAAGAAAGAGCUGCCCCUGAGACAUCUCCUUUGCCUCUGAAAAUUGAUGGUGCUGAGGAAGACCCCAAGUCUGGGUCACCAGACCUCUCCGAGGACCAGUAUUUUGUUCAAAAGGGCAUGCAGGACAUCUUCUCCAUCUCCUGUCCCUUUGCAUCUCCACUCCGUCUCCAGCUGGUGCCUCGGUCUUGUGGUGAUGGCUCCCCGUGGCAGCCACCAGCUGACCUUUCAGGACUCUCAAUAGAAGAAGUGUCCAAGUCUCUGCGGUUCAUUGGUUUGUCUGAAGAUGUCAUAUCAUUCUUUGUUACUGAAAAGAUUGAUGGGAAUUUGCUUGUUCAACUGACAGAAGAAAUCCUUUCUGAGGAUUUCAAAUUGAGCAAACUGCAGGUGAAGAAGAUAAUGCAAUUCAUUAAUGGCUGGAGGCCCAAAAUAUAGCCAAAUAACCCCAGCUAGCAUGGAACAAAACUGAUCAUUUUGUGUGCUAGAAGGGGAAGGCUGGGACAUAAUUUCAUGUUUUUGCACUAAAAACCUUCUCUGUAAAUAGGGAUAAGGGACACUCUUACUAUGCAGAUUACGUUUUUUGAAUGGUGAACAGGCUAUUUUGUACAUCAAUAAAAAUGCUGUACAGAACACAUAGAGGUGUGCCUUGUACAUCACUCAACACUCAACAGCUGCUAAAAGGAAAAAGGCAUGUUCCAAGAAUUCAUUCUUAACCCAAAUAGGUUUAUGUGAGAAGGUAUGAUAUUUAUUACAAAAUAGCCAAAGCUGAAAGACAUAAAAAUCUUUAAAAAAAAAAAAA